AGUUCUUAUGGUACGUAACUCUUCACGCUACCAGGAAAACGUCCUUGGCCGAAUCCUGGAAGAUUCUGCAACAACUUGAACACUUUUUUAAAAAAGUGACAAAAACGAGAACAGACAGUGACUUACUCAAAGAUUUCCACUUCAGACAAACAAACUGAAGGUAUAUAAAGUCUGUGUUUCCAUCUCUGAGACAUCCUGUGAGCAGAAACUGCUGCUGGAACAGACUCUUCAACUAAUCAUCAAAACAAGAUGGCUGCAGGUCUUGUCUUCACUCUGCUUCUUGGUCUGAGCUUUGGACUCUGGGAUGGAGCUGAUGCGGCUCAAAUGAAUGUUGCAAACUGUAAUGAUUGCAGAUUUACUAUGACUUGGAACGACGGUCGAUGUUUCCAGUAUGUUGAAUUGGAAAUGACCUGGGCUAAAGCUGAGGAAUUCUGCCGCUUAUCGAAUGGAAAUCUGGCCUCAAUGCGCAGUAUAAAUGACUACUACUUCAUCACAAACUAUACCCACGACAAUCAUUAUGGUGAACACAAAGGCACCUGGGUUGGAGGUUAUGAUUCAGCAGAGGAAGGCACCUGGAUGUGGAGUGAUGGUUCCAGGUUUUUGUUUAAUCACUGGGGUCCUGGUCAGCCAAACAAUCAAGAUGGAAACGAAAACUGCAUGGUGAUCAGCGCUGGUGGAAACUACCAUAUGAAUGAUGAUAUCUGUUCCAAGGAGCUUCCCUUCAUCUGUGCCUAUACCAUCGAAAAAUCUUUUUCCUUUUAAUGUGAAAUGCCCAUUUGGCUUUCCUGCUGGUGAUGUCACUUCCACCUGGAUGUCAAGCCUCGAUGACAUCACUGCUGGAAGAACCUGAUUUCAUUUUAUUUGAUCACUUAAAUAAAUGUUUUCUUUCUCUGAAA